CCUUGGCCACAGAAUUAUUGUUUUUCUAGUUUAGACAAAGUGAGGCAGCAGACAUUGCAUUACAGCAGCCGUCCUUAUGGAAGCUCAGAAGCUCAGCCUGAAGCGUGAAGUGGGCCUGGUGGGAGCCGUGUCCCUCAUCGGAGGAACAAUGAUCGGCUCUGGGAUCUUCAUGUCACCGCAGACUGUUCUUGCCACCAUCGGCAGCCCGGGAGCCAGUCUGGUGGUGUGGGCUUGCUGCGGUCUGCUGGUCAUACUCGCUUCUUUUUGCUAUGCCGAGCUAGGGACUGUCAUAAGAGAAUCGGGGGGGGAGUACAUCUAUAUCUUGAGGACGUCGGGACCGGUGGUCGCCUUCAUGUUAAUCUUUAGCUCGGUCUUAUUUGCGAGGCCUGCUGGAGUUGCUGGCAUCGCUCUUAGUUUUGCUCAGUAUGUUGUGGCCCCCUUCUACUCGGAGUGUGCGCCUCCAGUGCUGCUAGUCAAGUGUGUGGCUGCCGCUGCCAUUUUUACCCUGGCUACAGUCAACUGCCUUAAUGUUCGAUUCUCAAUGUCUGUGCAAGUGUUUUUUAUGGUGGCCAAGGUCCUGGCACUGGCAGUCAUCAUAGUAGGAGGUGUGGUGAUGCUCUCCAGUGGACACACUGAAAACUUUACAGACUCUUUUGAAAACACCAAUGUUGGCAUCAGUUCAAUUGGAAUUGCUUUCUACCAGGGGCUGUGGUCAUUUGACGGCUGGAAUAAUCUCAACUAUGUAACAGAGGAGCUAAAACGUCCAGAGGUGAAUCUUCCAAGGGCAGUUGUGAUCGCCAUUUCUCUGGUGACCGCCUUGUACCUGCUGGUGAAUGUGAGCUACCUGACAGUAAUGACGCCCAAGGAGCUCAUUUCCUCCAGUGCGGUGGCAGUGACAUGGGGGAACAAAGUGUUUGGUUCCUGGGGCUGGAUCAUGUCUAUAGCUGCAGCUCUGUCAGCUUUUGGGUCAUUGAACGGGACGUUUUUCAGUGGCGGUCGCGUGUGCUUUGUUGCCGCCCGAGAAGGACACAUGCCAGACAUUCUAGCCAUGGCUCACGUGCACAGGCUGACUCCUUCUCCAGCACUGAUUUUCACCACCGUGGUCUCCCUGCUGGUGCUCAUCCCCGGAGACUUUCAGAGUAUUGUCAACUUCUUCAGUUUCACUGCUUGGUUUUUCUACGCGAUCACACUGUCUGGGCUCCUCUAUCUCAAGAUUAAGAAGCCGGAGCUCCCAAGGCCGUACAAGGUCCCCAUUUUUGUUCCCAUACUGGUCCUCAUCGCAGCAGUGUUCCUUGUGCUGGCUCCUCUCAUUGACAAUCCCCAGAUCCAGUACCUCUAUGUGACUUUAUUCAUCUUCAGUGGGGUAAUCAUAUACAUACCUUUCAUCCAUUACAAGCUGUGCCCAGGCAUGUUAAGCAAGUUAACAGUAUUCCUGCAACUGUUUUUAGAGGUUGCCCCUGCAGAAAAAAACCUGUGACACAGUGACGUUAGUUUGUUAUAUUCAAACAAGUGUUUUUUAGGUAUAUUAGUGUUCGUGUUUUACCUUGACAUGUUUCCACUGUCACCUGAAGGUGAUAAAACAUCACACUGGUCGAUGUUUGUGUUACCCCAACUCGCCACAUGAGAGGGACGCAAUAUCAAUGUACACAAUACCUUGGUUAUUUACUAAACUAUCGCCUAA